CCCGUGUUUCCUUACCAGCCUUACUACCGUACCAAUACCUGCUCUUGAAUUGCCUUCUUUAUAUGCAAGGACAAUGCCUCAAUUGUUUUUACUGAAAGGGACAACGCCUGAAUUGAAUUGUUAAUGUUGAUGAUAUCAGCAAUUUGGUACAUGGAAACGACUACCAUUUGUCGGCACGGCUAAUUAUUGACCCCCCCCCCUCCCCCCCCAAAGAGAAAUGGUCAAGUCAAUCUGUCUUCACAGAUAAACCAAAACCAUAAUAAUCUAGCCCAGCUUGGUGUGAAGUGUGAACUUACUGAGAGAUCAAGAAGACAAGUAGCUGACCACUGCAGACUCCAGAGUCCGGUGACCUUGGCGAUGGUGAGACCAUUUUGCCGGUCACCGCAUCAGCUCCACCAUUGCCAUGCUGACAUCAGUUCACAUCCAAGCACCAUGCUUCCGGCCAACUUCUUCUUCUUCAUCAUCGUCAUCGUCAUCAUCGCACUCGCAACCAUAGCACCGCCGGUCUCUGCGGAGCGGUACGACUAUCCCACUGCCAACCUCUCGACGCGGUGGGUGAACAAUGCCGCGGCGCUCCAACACAGCGUCGGCUACUCCGACGGGUCGGCCGUGCGUGCCAUCGUCCUCCGUUCACCGAAGACCUUCUACGGCCCCUCCUACGCCGCGGGCUUCUUCUGCUCUCCCCCCUGCGACGCGUUCCUCUUCGCCGUCUACAUCGUCUACACCAACAGCGGCGCCGGGAUCACGAUGACGACCACCGGGAUCCCGCAGGUGGUCUGGUCGGCCAACCGGGCUCGCCCCGUCCGGGAGAAUGCCACCCUCGAGCUCACUUACAAUGGCAACCUGGUCCUCAGUGAUGCUGAUGGUAGCCUCGUCUGGUCAAGCGGCAGCUCGAGCCGGUCUGUGGCUGGCAUGGAGAUCACUGACACCGGCAAUCUUGUGCUGUUUGAUCAGAGGAAUGUGACGGUGUGGCAGUCUUUUGAUCAUCCGACUGACACACUCCUUCCUGGGCAGUCACUGAUGGAAGGCAUGAAGCUCAGAGCAAACAGCACUACAACAAAUUCGACUGAGAAUCAGGUGUAUAUGGCUGUUCAACCAGAUGGAUUGUUUGCUUAUGUUGAAUCCACACCACCACAGCUCUACUAUUCUCAUUCAGUGAACACAAACAAGAGUGGAAAAGAUCCAACCAAGGUUACCUUCACCAAUGGCAGCCUUAGCAUAUUUGUGCAGUCCACUCAGCCAAGCAAUAUCUCACUGCCACAAGCCAGCUCCACCCAGUAUAUGAGGUUAGAGUUUGAUGGGCACUUGAGGCUGUAUGAAUGGUCUAAUACAGGAGCAAAGUGGACAGUCGUGUCUGAUGUAAUCAAGGUAUUCCCUGAUGAUUGUGCUUUCCCAAUGGCGUGCGGAAAAUACGGGAUAUGCACAGGUGGGCAAUGUACCUGUCCCCUUCAGAGUAAUUCUAGUUUAAGCUACUUCAAGCCGGUCGACGAGCGAAAGGCAAAUCUUGGUUGCUCACCACUGACACCAAUCUCUUGUCAAGAAAUGCGAAGCCAUCAGCUCUUGGCCCUUACUGAUGUUUCAUACUUCGAUGUCAGCCACACCAUCCUGAAUGCAACAAACAGAGAUGACUGUAAGCAAUCCUGCUUGAAGAAUUGCUCCUGCAGGGCCGUUAUGUUCAGGUAUGGCCAGAAUGAUUCUGAUGGCACAUGCUUCUCGGUAUCGGAGGUCUUCUCGUUGCAAACGAUACAACCUGAAGCCCUUCAUUACAACUCCUCUGCUUACCUCAAGGUGCAGCUUAGUCCUUCUGCUUCUGCUUCCACAGCAAACAAAACAAAGGCAAUUUUAGGUGCAACAAUUUCAGCAAUUCUUAUCCUUGUACUGGCUGUCACAGUUAUCACCCUUUAUGUGCAAAGGAGGAAGUAUCAAGAGAUAGAUGAAGAAAUUGAUUUUGAGCCAUUGCCUGGAAUGCCAGUGAGGUUUUCAUAUGAAAAGUUGAGAGAAUGCACCAAAGAUUUCAGUAAAAAGCUCGGUGAAGGUGGAUUUGGAUCAGUCUUUGAAGGAGAAAUAGGUGAGGAGAGAGUUGCAGUUAAACGACUAGAAAGUGCUAAACAAGGAAAGAAAGAAUUCUUGGCAGAGGUUGAGACUAUUGGCAGCAUUGAGCACAUCAAUCUUGUCAGGCUGAUAGGAUUUUGUGCAGAGAAGUCAAAUCGGCUUCUUGUAUAUGAAUAUAUGCCAAGAGGGUCACUUGAUAGGUGGAUAUAUUACCGCUACAACAAUGAUCCUCUUGAUUGGUGCACAAGGUGUAGGAUCAUUAUGGAUAUUGCCAAGGGUUUAUGUUAUCUUCAUGAGGAAUGCAGGCGAAAAAUUGCUCAUUUGGAUAUCAAACCACAAAACAUUCUCUUAGACGAGAAAUUCAAUGCCAAACUGGCUGAUUUUGGACUUUCCAAGCUAAUAGACAGGGAUCAAAGUAAAGUAGUGACUGUGAUGAGAGGCACGCCUGGAUAUUUGGCACCUGAAUGGCUAACAUCACAGAUCACUGAAAAAGUUGACGUCUACAGCUUUGGAGUUGUUCUCCUGGAAAUAAUAUGCGGAAGGAAAAAUAUUGAUAUUUCGCAGCCAGAGGAAAGCGUUCAGCUCAUCAAUUUAUUGCGAGAGAAGGCUAAAGACAAUGUAUUGAUCGAUAUAAUUGAUAAGAAAAGUACUGAUAUGGUCUCACACCACCAGGAGGAAGUGAUUAAAAUGUUGAAGCUCGCAAUGUGGUGCUUGCAAAAUGAGAGCAGCAGAAGGCCUUCGAUGUCGAUGGUUGUCAAGGUAUUGGAAGGCGCAGUGAGCGUGGAAAAUUGCCUAGAUUACAGCUUUGCCAACGCAAAUUCAGUGAUAUCUGCUCAAGACAACCCAUCCACAUAUUCAGCUCCACCCUCUGCAUCGAUUCUAUCUGGUCCAAGAUGAAAUAGGUGGGAUACUGAGCACAAGAAAAUCCAUCGCAAUCUAUGCACAUCAUAUUUUGUAACUACUUUGGUAAUCUAUCAUAGUUCUUCUUGUGAGAAGUAUGUUUCACAAUGCACUGGAACAAUAAUGUACUAAUAAUAUUAUCUUUAAACUGCAAAUAUGUACUAGCUAUCUGAACUGCAUAUCAAUAUUAUCACUAAAUCUGAGCAAUAGUACAUAUGUUGGAUUU